GCCAUUUUUAAAGGGGCAUUAUGGAAGUUUGACAGCCAAAACAUGUAUAGAAAUAAUAAAUUUCUUCUUCAUACAUUCUCCUGCAAUGCCCUGGUCCUGUAGAACGAGCCCUGGCAUUUUUACUGUGAUUGCCUGUUUUUCUGUAAAAUCACAGAAAAAGAGAGUUGCUCGGGUCGAGCAGGCUGCUUCAUGCGCGUUCACGCUCAGGCAUAGCCUGUAGCAUUUGCUAUCCGUAGAUUUAGCAGCAGAGAGAGAGGUAGUGCCAACUCAGCGACUUUGUUGCUGUUCCUAACGCCUAGUGAUGAACCUAGCUACGUUUCUGAGGACCCUUAGCUACUUUCUUCUAGAUAUUUCCUGCAAAUUAGCAACGAAAUAGCCAUUUUCACUCCGAACCUUCUUUGGUGUGAUGUUGUUUCAGGUGUCAUCAAGGAUAUAAAAGUUACAGAUACUGUGAAUGUUACUAGAGUGUAGCUCACCUUGUAAGACGUCUGACUCCCAUGCAGAAGACCUGGGUUUGAUUCUGGGUGAGAACACAGUUUUUUUAGCGUUUCUUUUUUACAUUAAUGGUAUAUUUUUUUUACAGUAAGAUGCCCAAAAAUUUUUUUGAGACUCGCCGAACGGCAUUGAAUUCACAGAUAAAAAAGAUGUGGGUUCAACUUUCAUUUUGGAACAAUUUUUCAAGCAAGGGAAGGGAAUGAUCUGAGCAUGCAGGAGGACUGACCCAUCUUAAACCUUUGUCGGCUGUGCUGAAGAGAAAGGUACAGAACCAAAUUAAUUAAUUAAUUAGCUGCACGUUCUCCUAUCCUCAGUCCUCUGGGCCACACACACACAAGGGACUGUCUCAGCUGUUAUUUUCGUAAAGGAGUGUGCACGUACAGCAUGCGCACCUCGUGCACGAGCCUACUAUUGAAGCUGCCGUUACACUUUUGGCCUGAGGGGGCAAUCGCAAGCAUAAAAAUUCAAAAGUCCGUUAAGUCCCUUUAAAGUCACACAAAGAUGUAUAUAGUUGGAGAGUGAGUGAAUGUUGUCCAGAUCAAGUCAAAUAAACAAAAAUAAACAACAAACCAAAGUGAUAAAUUAUUAAUCUUUUUAUUGUUUCUGGAAUGUUUUUAAGUCUAUGAAGGAAGCAUCAAUUUGUCAUUCAUGGGGUUUCUCAAAUAUAUUUUUAUUUCUUCUCAGAUGCAUUGUUUCCUGAAAAAAACGAGGAGUUAUUUUCUCUUUCAAACUUCAGGAAUGAAACCAAUUGUUGAGUGUAGCUCUGAAUUUUGGACAUUUUUUCAAAUGAUUCUUUGCAGCCACCUGAAGAGAAGCUGCAAAGACACCGCUAGAUGUCACUGAAUCUGUGCACUAAGGUUCCUUUCAAUCUACCAUAAAAGAGCUAAACAGCUGUUAGCAAACAACCUUAUAGACAUAUAGAUAGGGUUAUAAAUCAUUUCCAGAAUAUAUCAUAAUAAGAAAGCAGGCUAGACUCGUUUUUUUCUAAGCCUCUUCAUCUGAUGGAUACAUCAUGGAAGCUUUUCCUUGUGUGAGGUGUGUGUUGUGUGCAGGCUGACUAAUCCAUCCAUGUCAGCGUGACACAAACAGGCAGCAUCAGAGAGAUCAGCCUGAUCAGCGCUGUGCACAAAACACUAAUAAACCCAAUAUUGAAUUUUUUAUUCCAGGUCAUCCAGCAUUAUGAGUCAGCGGACCGAGCGACGGGGCAUCCAUGUGGACCAAUCAGACCUACUCUGCAAAAAGGGAUGUGGUUACUAUGGAAACGCAGCAUGGCAGGGCCUGUGCUCAAAGUGCUGGAGAGAGGAGUACCAGCGGGUGCGGCAGAAGCAGAUCCAGGAUGACUGGGCCUUGGCAGAGAAGUUGCAGCGAGAGGAAGAGGCAGCAGCGUACGCCAGCAGUCACAGUGCGCAUUCCCAAUCUACUGCGGCGCAGCACGCUUCUGUCGGCCACUUCUCCAAGUUCGAGGAAAAGAAAACCAACGAGAAGACGCGCAAAGUGACCACAGUUAAGAAGUUCUUUAGCCCUUCAUCGCGAACUACCUCUAAAAAAGAAAUCCAGGAAGUUAAAGCACCAAGUCCGUCUAUUAGCCGUCAUGCUAGCUUUGAUACCGAUCAAGUGUCGAAAGAGUUUGUGGACUUCUUGAAGAACCUCCACAAGCCCGGCCGGGAGACCUACAAGCAGUGCAGAGCUUUCCUCUUGAACAUGUCGAGUAAGAAGGACCUGGGCGCUGAUGAGCUGUCUGAGUGUGUUCAGGACUUCUACCAGAACUUGGCCGACCGCCUGAUAAGCCACUUCAAAGGCUCUUCAGAAUCGGUGGAGCAGGUGAUGGACCAAGUGGAAAAGUACAUCAUGACGCGUCUGUAUAAGAGCGUUUUCUGUCCAGAGACAACCGAUGAUGAGAAGAAGGACUUGGCAACACAGGACAGGAUAAGGGCUUUGCACUGGGUCACCAUCCAGAUGCUCUGUGUGUCCAUGGAAGAAGACAUCCCUGAAGUCUCUGAGAAUGUGGUCAAAGCAAUAACAGACAUCAUUGAGAUGGACUCCAAGAGAGUUCCUCGGGACAAGCUUGCUUGCAUCACCCGCUGCAGCAAACACAUCUUCAGCGCCAUUAGGAUCACCAAGAAUGAGCCGGCAUCCGCCGAUGAUUUCCUCCCUGCACUCAUUUACAUCGUCCUCAAAGCCAACCCUCCGCGGCUCCAGUCCAACAUUCAGUACAUCACCAGGUUCUGUAACCCCAGCAGGCUAAUGACUGGAGAGGAUGGAUACUACUUCACAAAUCUGUGCUGUGCAGUGGCCUUCAUUGAGAAGCUCAACGCUCAGUCUCUUAACCUCUCCCCAGAGGAGUUUGAGCGCUUCAUGUCCGGUCAAACUUCGCCGCGAUUCAGCAGCUCAGACAGCGACUGGCCCUGCUCCGAGUCGGGGCUCGGCACCACUGUCACCAACCCCGUCCUGGUCCAACUCAAUCACAACCUGGAGCUGCUGACGGGACUCUGCACCCGCCAGGAGGCCGUGAUGGAGGCCGCUCAAAGCCUCCAGGCCGAUCUCCUCACCUGGUCGGACAGUGUGCAGCAGGAGGUGCACAACAUAUUAGAGAAAUAUCCGCUGGAGAUCAUCUCCAAAGUUUCUGCUAUUGAUGCCAACACGGACAACGAUAACCUGCCAUCACCCAUCAAACCCCAGGUGUUUGCUGACUAACCGAAACGAUCGAAGCAGGAAAACACUCCAACUUUUUAAACAUUCAUACAAGGGUCACAAAUCUCCUCAUCAGCACCUUAGAAUCAAGCUAACGCUUACAUUUAACCCAGAUCAUUUCACUUUAGACCAGUAAGUUCUGUCAUGUUCAUUUCUGCUAAUGUGUGCAGCAUUAGCUAAAAAGCUGCUGGCUGGUUCUAAAAUAAUCAGGCAGCUUCAGCAACAGAAAAAUAAUAAGCUGUUGUUUUUAAAUGUUCAUUCUGUUUUAAACCAUCUUUAUCAUCUAAUCCUGCAAAAUAGGGAAGAGGCCAUUACUGUUAAAGUCUUAAAGCUGUAAGUUAGCAUCUGUGGCUCAAAAUCGCAGCUAUGUUAAAGGUACUGACUGAAGAUAAGAGUUUUUAUUUUUUGUGAUCUUGUUUCUCAUUGUAUGUAGUUUUUUGUUGAAUUAUGUGCACAACAGAAACUUAGCUGCAACAAGUUGCAGAAAAUCUCCAAACAUUAUCUCAAAUUGUUUCUUCUUUAAUGCCUUAUUAUGAAAUAAUAAUAAUAAUAAUAAUAAUAAUAAUAUGUAGGUUUAUAAAUGUUUGUAUUUUCAGUUCAGCUGAUUUUUCUGUUUUACGUUCAGUUAAGGAACAUGAAAGUCUUUGACUAUGAUUUCAGUUAUUUUCAGAUUAAUACAACAUAUUUAAUAAUCUGGAUUAUUUAAAUCACUUUUGAUUAAAUGUAAAGGAAUUUUAAAUGUUUUUAUUUAUUUGUGCCCCCGUUCAUUUCAAUUUUCCUCCAUUUUACUUAAUUUGACCGAAAAUCUAAAGUUUUUGUCUGGUUUAGAAACCGGUUUUAUGGAUCUCAUGAGAUGUGAAAAGCAAAAAAAAAAAAAUAAUAAUAAUAAUAAAAAAAGGAUUAUGGCACAGACUGUAGUUUUUAAAAGCAGGUCAAAUGUAACAGUUUGAUUUUUAGCUGUAUGAUAUAAAAUGAGUUGGUGGAUCAUUGUAAAUAUAACAAGACUGUAUGAAUGCCUUGAUGAAAUAAAGAUGCUUUUCCAGAUCA